AGUGUUUUAUAAUGUAUAAAGUUGUUUCAUAUUUUAACUCAUCUAAUACACAUGACAGUUUUAAACAGGUGAUACAGAUCCGGGUGUGACAUCCGUUGAGGAAAUGGUAUAACCAGUGCACUAGAAAAUGUUCCUUUGGAAGCAUGUGAUUACAGGACUACGAAAUAUACGCAUACUAAAAAUAUUCUAUUCCUUAUUUGCAAUUGAAAUUUUAUUCCUGGUAGUAAUCUAUGCACUUUAUGGACAAAAGAUAUCUAUAAGAAACGUUUCAUCGUUGACUACAAACCCCAAUAAUCUACGAGAGAUAACAGAAAUUUCAAAUGAGUUCAUCAAAAAAACUUAUAAGCAUGGCUUGCCUUACAAGCAGAAUUUCAAAUACCCAUUAGAAAUAGACAUGAUCAAAUUAUCACGUGAUAUCAGUUCAAACAUCACACGUGACAAAGUCACUAUAAUUAAUCCACAUCCGUUUAGCUACACAAUAUUACCUAAACAUAAAUGCAAUUUCAUAGUUCGGGCAAACUGGACAAUUAUUAUAAUAGUAAAGUCCGACAUAAGGAAUGUUGAUAGGAGGCAAGUAAUACGAAAUACUUGGGGAAAUACGGGUAACUCUUCCGAUGUGUCGGUAGUAUUUAUGCUUGGUGUUGGGGAUGUCCCUUUGUCUGCUAAAGAGACAAAAUACAAUGAUAUUAUACAAGAAAAUUUUAUUGACGCUUAUAGAAACAAUACUAUUAAGACAAUAAUGGGGUUCAAUUGGGCGGUAAAGUAUUGCCUAACUGCCAACUAUUUGUUUUUAGUUGACGACGAUUAUUUCGUAAAUGUUGCCAAUUUAAUGACAUUGCCACAACGAUGUAAAAAUAAGCAGAAUGUUUAUUUGGGAUCGAUUACGUCAAAAGCAAUACCCUACCGAGACCAAGAUUCAAAGUGGUAUAUUACGUGGGAGGAAUAUCCAUAUGACAAAUGGCCGCCAUAUAUAAUGGGAGGAGCUUAUUUAGUAUCAAUGAAAACUGCAAGACAGUUUCAAAUAAUUUUUCCAUAUGUAAAACCAAUACAUAUGGAUGAUGUAUUCCUUGGUAUAGUGUCUCAUAAAUUAAAUAUCAGGCCUAUUAGUGCACCAUUAUUUUAUGAUGGAAAGAAGAAAGGACACAGAAUCGCAGGUGGCAUUGUUGCGAGUCAUGGAUAUGAGAAUUCAGUUGAUGUAUAUCGUGCAUGGAAACAAUUACCCAAAAAGUAUGGAUUUAAAAAUUUCACCACUUUAACUGAAAUAAUGAAACCAAAUGCCUAAGAUAUAAUAUAUAUAGAUGAUGCUCCCGAAAAACGAAAAAAAAAACAAAAAAAAAACGAAAAAAUAAUAUAGGCUAAUUUUCUAGUUUCAACAUUUAAACAAAAUUUUGCGAUUAAAGGAAUCGUCUUUAGAUAAGGAAUACAUAUUUUCUAUCUUUUACAAUUUUUACGAUAAUUACCAACUUGGAAUAUAUUAACUCUUUUUUCAUCUAUCUGUCUUGUUAUGUACACAUUUGAAAUCGAUGUCAUAAUUUUGAGUCUUAAUACCAUUUGUUUGCUUCUUUUGCUUAAAAGUAGACUAAAUACACAGGCAGAUAGGUUUGAAUUUAUGUGAAUCACAUUGCAGUAAACUAGAAUCAGAUAAAGAUAAAUCCAGAAAGACGCUUUAGACGCACGAAAUUUGUAAAGUGUUUUGUUUUUUAUUUAUUAGCACGGGUCGAUACCUCUGCUGGUGGUCAGUUAGAACAACAGGGUGUAUCAUCAGCUCAGUAGUCUGUUCUUCAGAACUGACAUGAUUUAUAACAUUUCUAAAUUUUGGUGUGUUAUAUAUUUUACACCACGAUUAAAUAGAGGUACGUUUUCCAAAAAAUAAUAAAAAAUAAGUAAAUUGAUUAAACCGGGUUUGUUUCUAUUGAUGAAGUGCGUCGCUUUAUAUUGAUCUCUGAACAAAAACGAUACAAAUAGGUAGGUAUGAAACGUAAUCUGUCCUUACUGUACAUAUCUGACUGGUAUGACAUACGUAAUCUGUCCUUACUGUACGUAUCUGACUGGUCUGACAUACGUAAUCUGUCCUUACUGCACAUAUCUGAAUGGUCUGACAUACGUAAUCUGUCCUUACUGUACAUAUCUGACUGGUCUGACAUACGUAAUCUGUCCUUACUGUACAUAUCUGACUGGUCUGACAUACGUAAUCUGUCCUUACUGUACAUAUCUGACUGGUCUGACAUACGUAAUCUGUCCUUACUGUACAUAUCUGACUGGUCUGACAUACGUAAUCUGUCCUUACUGUACAUAUCUGACUGGUCUGACAUACGUAAUCUGUCCUUACUGUACAUAUCUGACUGGUCUGACAUACGUAAUCUGUCCUUACUGCACAUAUCUGAAUGGUCUGACAUACGUCAUCUGUCCUUAAUGUACAUAUCUGACUGGUCUGACAUACGUAAUCUGUCCUUACUAUACAU